AUGCACCAGACUUCCUCGCGCUUAUUGCGCAUGACGCAUGAUGAUAGGCCGUUCACCAGGGAUUUCAAGGACUUGUUCGCAACCUUGGUGGUCAGCCUGCCGCUCGGUCCGCACCGGGUACGCCUGUCGCGGGUUGAGCACUCGUUCCUCUCCGAAGAGGCCAUCAACAAUCUAGGCUCCCUGAAAUUCUCCCAAUCCAACCGGAUGCCAGAUCCCAAGGAUCCGUCCCGCAUAGUGACCACCACGACCACGACCACCUUCACCAUGGCGCGGGAGAUGGCGCGAUCGGUGUGCCAGCGAUUCUUGGAGGCCCGCUUCAUUGAGUCGGCCGAUGGCAAGCACCUGAAGGACUACACCUUGAAGGGCACGGUCUGGCAGUUGACCCCCAAGGGGAUCCAUCUGCUGGAGAGGUUCUGCGCCAAGAACGGAAUCCAGCAGAAGCACAUUACCGAACUCGUCAACUCGGCCCGGAACACCAUGCAGCUGGUCAUCCUCGAGCGCGAGUCGCCGGACGAUACGCUCUCGAUCGACCGUGGCACCAUUGAGGUCAUCUUCCGCCGAUUCGUGGGCCAGAAUGGUCCGAACGUCAAGAGCAGCAUCAGUUCGGCCGACUCGGAUUCCCUGAAUGAGUACAAGGACGGCAUGGCGGGGGUCAGAAUGGCCGCCGAGCGCAAGAUCGGCUCACCCCCGCGCACCUAUACCCAGACCUUCACCGGCAAGGCCGCCACGGACUGGUUGAUGGACUGCUGCACGACCGUGGAUCGCCGAGAGACGAACAUGAUCGCGUCGCUGUUUCUGGAGCAAGAAUUCAUCUGGUGCGUUCAGCAAGACAAGUCGUAUCUCCAGCACAUGCACGCACAGGAACGAGAGAAGUGGGGAACCAUCUUCCAGCCGACGAAACAUGCCAUCUUUCAGAUGACACAGAAGGGCAAGGAUGUCAUCAGUAUGACAUCGAGGGAGCGCAUCUCGGAGAGUGGCGGCGAGCCGUCGACCUGCCCGGCUGCCCGACCCGGCGUGGGUCGCGACUCCAACACGCAGAAACUCGACAAGAUCCUGAACGACGCCUCGCUCCGACUGCUGUUCCGAGAGAACCUGCGGGAUACGCACUGUGAGGAGAACCUGUCUUUCUACCUGGAUGUGGACGAGUUCCUCAAGGCGUGUAAGCUUGCGAUCAAGGCCAGUGCGUCUUCCUCCCGAGCCGGCAGCUCGGCGAGUACGUCCGCGGCCGCGCUCGACUCGGUCAAGGAGACCAUGGCGUCGGCGUACGGAAUCUACAACGCCUUCCUGGCACCCGGCUCGCCUUGCGAGCUCAACAUUGACCAUCUCCUGCGGAACCAGCUGGCGACCCGGAUGACCAAAGCGGUUGGCCAGGACUCGGCCAUGAUUGAGAGCCUCAAGGAGGUGACCAAGCUCUUCGAGGAAGCGCAGCUGUCCGUCUUCAAGCUCAUGGCCAGUGACUCGGUUCCCAAAUUCAUGAAGAGCUCCAAGUACGAACAGAUUCUCCGGACUUACGACUUUGAUUCCAUCGCUCCGCGAAACCCCAUGGUCUUACCUGAACGUAGCAUGAGCAGGUCCCACCGCUAA